AUGGCCCCCGCUCGGGGCCGCCUGCCCGCGGCGCUCUGGGUCGUCACGGCCGCGGCGGCGGCUGCCACCUGCGUGUCCGCGGCGCGCGGCGAAGUGAAUUUGCUGGACACGUCGACCAUCCAUGGGGACUGGGGCUGGCUCACGUAUCCCGCUCACGGGUGGGACUCCAUCAACGAGGUGGACGAGUCCUUCCGGCCCAUCCACACGUACCAGGUGUGCAACGUCAUGAGCCCCAACCAGAACAACUGGCUGCGCACCAGCUGGGUGCCCCGCGACGGCGCCCGGCGCGUCUACGCCGAGAUCAAGUUCACCCUGCGGGACUGCAACAGCAUGCCCGGCGUGCUGGGCACCUGCAAGGAGACCUUCAACCUCUACUACCUGGAGUCAGACCGUGACCUGGGCGCCAGCACACAGGAGAGCCAGUUCCUCAAAAUCGAUACCAUCGCGGCCGACGAGAGCUUCACCGGGGCCGACCUGGGUGUGCGGCGCCUCAAGCUCAACACGGAGGUGCGAGGUGUGGGCCCCCUCAGCAAGCGCGGCUUCUACCUGGCCUUCCAGGACAUCGGUGCCUGCCUUGCCAUCCUGUCUCUCCGCAUCUACUACAAGAAGUGCCCCACCAUGGUGCGCAACCUGGCCGCCUUCUCGGAGGCGGUGACGGGGGCCGACUCAUCCUCGCUGGUGGAGGUGCGGGGCCAGUGCGUGCGGCACUCCGAGGAGCGGGACACACCCAAAAUGUACUGCAGCGCCGAGGGCGAGUGGCUGGUGCCCAUUGGCAAGUGCGUGUGCAGCGCGGGCUACGAGGAGCGGCGGGACGCCUGUGUGGCCUGUGAGCUGGGCUUCUACAAGUCGGCGCCCGGGGACCAGCUCUGCGCCCGCUGCCCUCCCCACAGCCACUCUGUAGCCCCUGCCGCCCAGGCCUGCCGCUGCGACCUCAGCUACUUCCGUGCAGCCCUGGACCCACCGUCUGCGGCCUGCACCCGCCCCCCCUCGGCACCAGUGAAUCUGAUCUCCAGCGUGAAUGGGACUUCUGUGACCCUGGAGUGGGCCCCUCCACUGGACCGGGGCGGCCGCAGUGACAUCACCUACAAUGCCGUGUGCCGC